AUGUACGUGAUUCGUACAGGAACACCACUUGGGAAGUUUGAGGCACCGAUGGCAAUACCACUUUGCAAGAAGAUUAAGCCGAUAAAGUUGCCACUACCGUCCAAAGUGCUUCAACACUAUCCAAACUCUAAAGAGGAAACAUUCAUGGUUGGCUUCCAGAAACCUUCAUGUUGUUGUUGCUUUAAUCGAAAGCAGAAACCGCAGUUCAUGCGAACAAUCUUCGUUUCUACUGUAAAUGACAAGUUGCUGUUAAUCUACGAUAAGGAAAAGAAUAAAGGAAAGAAGAAGAAGAGCGGUGCUUCGACAAAAAGAGAAGGUUAUAGCUUUCAGUUAAGCUCUGCUAUAAGUAUGGAGAUAAAGAAAAAUGCACUCAUCUCUAAAGUGUCUAAAUAUACAAAUCAGGAUGAACAUCAUUGUAUUCUGGAAAUCAGCUUCAAAUUCGGUAUGUGCUUUAUCGGAAUGGAUGGAGAGAAGAUUAUUUCUGAGUGGUGCCCGGUGAUUUUGUGCGCUUUUGAUCCGCUUUUAAUUCCUCCUACUCCUGCUUCUUGUGAUGUCUUGAUUUCUGGCACUAAUAUUACGACAAAACAAAAUACUCCGAAGGCUGCAUUGGAUGCAAAUAACAAGCAAACGGAAAAACCAGCGCCUCUUAGUGCCGAGAUCGUUGAGAGGUGUGUUAAAAUUUUCUUAAAAUUAGUGUUACUUAUAAACUAA